AUGUCUUUACCUGCAGGUUAUUCAAUUAGAAGAGCCACUAAAUCUGAUUACGAUGGGAUCACUUCUGUGCUAAAGGUAUUAACUAAAGUUGGAAAUGUAAAGAAGGAGGAUUUCGACUCAGUGGUAGAACAUUGGGACUCUGUUAAAAUCGAUGGGAGUCAUCAUAUGUAUAACUGUACUGUGAUCACUAAUGAAAUUGGUGAGGUGGUAGCCACUGGAUCAUUGAUUAUGGAAAGGAAGGUUAUUCAUGAAUGUGGUCUUGUGGGACACAUUGAAGAUAUUGCAGUGAGAGAAGAUCAACAGGGGAAAAAAUUAGGACUAUUUUUAAUACAAUAUCUAUACAAACUAGCUAAAGAGUCUGGAUGCUAUAAGGCAAUUCUUGACUGUGCUGAAAAGAAUGUGGGAUUUUAUGAAAAGUGUGGGCUUCAGAAGGCAGGUGUUGAAAUGCAAAUAAGAUUCGGCCGCUAG